CCUCAUCAUACUAAUGUUGGCUGGAUAGGAAACAACAGGUGUCUACAUGUCAGCGUGAUACAGAGACACAGUUAUUAGAGGCAGACUUUUAGUUCACUUUUUAAACUUUAUUAGAAGUAUUUGGGCGUUCUGUGCUGACUGGAAAACCAAAAACAUUCAGACUCAACAGACAAACUGCAGAGGUUUGAUUUGAAGUCAAACAGGAUUGUCAAUCAGCAGCCAGGUGAACAUGACCAACCAAUCAGCUCUCAUCCUGAAGAUGGCCUUGAUGAUGCUGCUGCUGCACGGCACAGAUGCAAAGAUGGACAUCAUUAUCAAGACGCUAGAUGUUGUGGUGGGAGAAGAGAUCUUUCUGCUGUGUAAAGCCGGGGCAGAGGGAGAAAUAAAGUGGCAGAAGGACGGGGAAGAAAUCGAUGAUGAAGACAAGGUGUCAAAGGUGGAUGAGUCUUCCUCCAAACUGAUCAUUAAGAAUGCUUCGAUGCAGGACGGGGGCAAGUAUACCUGUCUGUGUGAGUUCGAGAGCGGACACAACGAUGACGUUACGAAACAGAUCUAUGUUUAUGAGGGUCCAUCAUUUGGAAGCACUGUCACCUACCAUGAGUUCCUGGAGGGCACAGACGGUGUGGUGCCAUGCCUGGUGACUGGCCAGCCAGCGGUGGAUGUUCACUGGCUCAGAAACAAAGAACAGAUCUCCUCUAAUGCAGGACAGCGCGUGCAUCAGCGGCCUGAUAACACAGUCCUGAUUGAGAAAGUGAGGAGAGACGAUGCUGGGACAUACUUGUGUGAGGCCAUUAUCAGAGGAAGGCCCGUCCAUAAGGAACUCCCCAUCACUGUUGUCGUCAACGCUCCUCCUACUGCGCAUCUGAGAGCAGAGGUGAAGAAAGUGAUGGCUGGACCAGAAACCAACGUUUCCCUGCUGUGUUUGGUGACCGGUUAUCCAAAACCCAACAUCACCUGGAUCACGCCAGUGAGGGGUGACCCUUCACGUCAUCAUUUUAACUCCGACCGCAGCCAGUUGACUAUCAGGUCUGUUGCCAGGGCCGACUACGGCGAGUACAUCUGCACCGCCGCCAACAAGAUAGCUGAGAACAGUGUUACCUAUAUCCUUCAUGUUAAUGAGGCCCCGGAGGUGUUUGUGUCAGCGGAGCAGCAGAGCGUAUCAAUGGGCGAGCGUUUGUCUGUGUCCUGUAACGUCUCCGGCCAUCCUCAGCCGGAGCUACACUGGCUCAACAAGCACAAUGGACGCACACUGGACUCUAGCUCUGGUCUCGUCCGUGUUGUUGAUGGUGCGUUGGUGAUUGAUAAGGUAGUGCCCUCUGAUGGCGGACUGUAUUCCUGCAUGGCUGUCAGCACCUCUGGAAAUGCAUCAAGAGACGUUGCAAUACACACUCAGCCCGGUCCACCUCAAUACCUGUCAGUCUCAUCUGGACCAACCUCAGUCGUCUUCUCCCUCAAAAUGCCACCCGUCAGUGGAGGGACGCCAAUCACAAGUUUCGUCCUGCAGUAUAAUCGAAGUGCAGCAGAGGAGUGGAAGGAGGUCACGGUCCCAGCUUCAGAUCCCCUAGCUAUCACCACCCUCAGGCCGCACACAUUGUACACAGUACGUUUGGCUGCGUUGAAUGCAGUGGGAGUGGGACAGUUCUCAGAAACAAACACCAUCCGCACUCUGGGAAUACGUGAACCAGAGAGUCCAGUUUUGUCGUCCAAUGAGAUGAAAGUAGAGGGCAACUCCUUCUCUGUCCCUAUUAAACAGACUGAUGACGGUGGAACUCCUCUGCUGCACUUUGACGUCAGAUACAAACAGGAAAAAGAGGGGACUGAGUGGAAAGACAUGCAGCUGCCGUCAGGUGCCGAAGCUGUUUCUCUUCUAGACCUGUCUUACGGCUCAGACUACAGCCUGGAAGUCGCAGCGGUCAACGCUAACGGUUCCUCUGUCUCCGCCAAGUUCAACUUCACCAUCGCAGAACAGCCUGCCAAAGCGAGCAGCAUGACCACAGGCAGAGUGGUCGGCAUCGUCAUGGUGAUCUUCCUGGUGGUGUUCCUGGUGGUGGACGCCACCUGCUGCUACACAAAUCGUUGCGGCCUGCUCAUGUCUAUCGCCGUGAAGCUCUUUGGACAGAAAGUCCCAGGCCUCAAAAUGCUUGAAGACGGAGAGGGAGCCACUAAUGGAGAUGUGAAGCUGAAGGGUAUAUCCACUCCCAGAGGCAGUGUGCAACAUGCGGAUGCAGGGGUGCAGACACUCACUAAGGAGGGGGGGCAGCUCACAGAGAUCACCUGCGACAAAGUCCCCCUUACCAGACACGAGAAAAAACAGCCAGGCAGAGACCUGCACACUGCCGACGCAUGAGGCUAGAAACCGGAGAAACUGAAAUGAAGUAAAAAGUGUGAGCCAACAAGGAUAAUGUGUAGACCGCAAGAGAAGAUAUCAAACAAUCACAAUCACUCUUAAUAACCGAGUCAGGACAGUCAGCGAUCUCUACGUUCGAUACAACUGCUAUGGGAAAAAAUACUGAUGUUGUUGAGGUUUGUUAAAACGGGGCUGUUUCAGACGUCUGUGCUGUUGGAGUGAGAGGACGGCGGUGAAGCGCUGACACCGGCUACAGGCAGGAGAUGGUGCCGUUGUUGUUGUUCUGUGUGCUCUGAUUUAGAUUAGCUCCUCAUUUUACAGGGUAAUUGUGAUGUCCGUGUUUUACAGGGUAAAAUUAUUGAUGUUAUCUUCAAAUUGCUAUAUUUUCUAAAAGUCACGAUGAAUGUUUACAUUCUGCAUUUUGAAUGUUGUACACAGACACAUGCUCUUAUUUUAUUUUACUCUUUGUUAAUCGUAUCGUGGAUAUCCUGUGUAAUGCAUUGGAAAUAUUUGUCUCUGUUAAUGAUCUUUUAUUAUCUUUCUUUAUUGCUUAACGUUUUAUCAACAUGCAUUGCAGCUGCUCUUCUGAUGGUUAUGUUUCUUUAGAUUCUUUUUACACUGUAUCCUGAUACUAACCAGUAUUUUGAACCAUUUUGGACAUUUCUAACAUCUAACAUCUAUGUCUUCUUGCAUCAAGCAUCUAACCUUUCUGUGAUUAUCAUGCACUAAUAUUUAUUAUUUUUAAACAUACAUGAAAUAUAUUAUUAUUAUUAUUAUUAUUAUUAUAUCAUGAGAGGCUUUGAACUUGAAGCUGUAUUUGACUUUAUAACCAGCUUCACUGUAAAGCAUUUUUUUGUGGAAGAACUUAAUAAAUGGUGGCCUCAUAGGGGACCUAUGAUUAAAAGCAACUUUUAUUAUGAGAACAUAUUAAUAUUAAAGUACCUGUAAUAAUAGGCGACAUGGAAGACAUAUAUAUAUAUACACCUAACAACGUUGACUAAUGCUGGAAGUUAUUUUGUAUUUAUAGUCAUAUUUAAAGUUAUCAAAUAUGUUCAAGUGAAAAUGUCAAAUAUUUAGCUUGCAGCUGUUUUGAUUAGAAGAUACUUUGACAGAAGUAUGUCAUGUUUGCAGAUGAUCUGACCAUCUUAAUGAAGUGUUUUUGAUAUUGUUGUGAUAUUGUAUUGAACACUGUACAUGACUGUACAUACACAUGUUGGUACAUCUUUGUGUUUGAUAAAAACAUGGACUGUACAACAGCUUUAUGGCUUUUGUGCUCACCAAAUGAA